AUGUCCAUACAAGAUUUUUCGGAUAAUUUGUCUACCCUCUCUUACAUACCGCCUAGUCGGUGCCCGACUUGGCUUUACAACAAAAAAGAUAAAUCAUUUCUUGGUCGGACUUGCGCAUCCUGGGCAAAAAUAUUUGUAUACUAUUGUUUCUUUUAUGCGAUCCUCUUUGGAUUCUUCUUGGGGAUGAUAAUGGUCUUUCUGCAAUUCAUUGUCCCUGCUAAAGUUCCAAUGCGAACUGGGCACCAGAGCCUUCUCAGAUUCCAACCAGGUCUGAUGAAUGGUCUUGGUAUGAGACCUAUCAUUGAUGAGGAUAAAACCCUUAUUUAUUACUCAAGCAGAGAUCCUCAAGUUUACUACGAAUAUGUAGACAACUUGAACGCCUUGAUAUCAUACUACGAGGCAAUAAAUGAGAAACCAUCGACUGGUUUUGCCGAUUGCACAGGUUUGAAGUCGCCUAAUGAGCCGACGAAAGUAUGUCGCUUUGAUUUGACGUCCCUUGGACCCUGUAACAAGUCCAACAACUAUGGCUAUCCUGAUGAUAAGCCUUGUGUCAUUCUUAAGCUGAAUCGCAUCUAUGGCUGGAUGCCAGAUGUUAAUGACACAACAUUUCCGCACACUUUGGUCACUUGUGAAGGGCAGAACCCUGAGGAUCAGGUGAACAUUGGGCCAAUGAGAUUCUACCCGGCGAUCAAUAAGAACAACACGGAAUAUGGUGUGUUUAACAACCAAUACUUCCCAUUCCUGGGCCAGAAUGGUUAUACAUCGCCAUUGGUAGCAGUGCAGUUUGAGAAAUUGGAGAAACACAUCCUUAUCCUCGUUCAGUGUCGUCUCCUCGGCGCCGCAAAUGUGGAUCCAGAACCAGUCAAAUUUGAGAUCCUUCUGGACUAA